AUGGUUGAGAUCACAUUGCCAUCAGUUGAGAGUUUGCCAGAGGAUUGCGAAGCCACUACCGACCUUCAAGUUGAGCAAAUACAGUAUCUAAAGAAGGCCAACGAUGAGUCACAAGCACCAUUUGAAGAAAUCCAGAAACCCGAAGGAGUGGAUAGCUUGAGCUUUCUGCCUCCUGGUUUUUCAACUCAAACCUCUGAUAGGAGCGUGGUUAGGCUUGGAUGGGCGCCACAUCAGGAGAUACUAGCUCACCGUGCCAUUGGAGGAUGCCUCUUCCAUUCCGGGUGGGGUUCAAUCAUCGAGUCUCUCGGUUUUGGACAACCACCAAUCAUCAUGCCUAUGAUAGGAGACCAAUCUCUGAAUGCUAAGCUGUUGAUGGAAAAGGGAGUUGGAUAUGAGGUCCCGAGGAACGAAGAUGGUUCUUUCAAUCAAGAUGCAGUUGCCGAGUCAAUUAGACUAGUGAUGGUAGAGCAAGAGGGAGAACCACUACAAGCGAAGGCUGCUCAAAUGCAAAAUGUUUUUUUUCAUACCAGGAUCUGCAUGACAAGUAUGUAA